CUUCAAUAUCCAUGGAUUCAGCGCGGGCAAGGGCGGCACUCGAAGCUUUAAGGCUGAUCAUGCUAUCCAAACCAUUUGGGAGACAGCCCCAGCGAUGGGUGAUGGUAACGACGAUAUUACUACCAGUAGUAGUAGCGCCCCAUUAAGAGAGGAAAAGGCAAAACAAUGUAGGAUCUAUGUCAUGGACUAUGUUUCUUUCUGGAAAGGGACCUGUAAUAACUCGUAGCCAUUGGGAGGCACAGAGACAUAGUCGUUGUGAAGACAUGGUAAACGGUGAUCUGUAUGAAAGUCUGACCAUAGAUGCCUUUAAAGGCAUGCCAAAAAAGCAAGGCGACAAAUGGGCACUCACCCUUAGUGUCCGAUCUGCCAAUUUGCUUUCUGACGACUUGGAGCUGACUUGGGCUGGAUCUACAACCAACACAAUCGGAGGAAGGACAUCACAGCAGAAGACCAUCUUAGGAACUAUGAAUUUGGAGAAGGUUACUCUAGAAGAGUCAAAGAGGGUCCUGCGUCAAUGGAUCAAAACCACCAUUGAAGAACGACGGAAGUUUGAGCGUUUGAGUGACAGUUUAAAGGAGCAUGUUCACGGUUUGGACCGCCAGUAUAAGGAGUGUAAAAGCCUAUUGGCUGAUUUCAAACUGGAUAAAAGACGUUCUCAAAGCGACAUGAUGGAAAAGUUUCGAUGCUUAAUCAAUACCAAGAAAGAAAAGAUUGCCCUGCUUCAUAAAGAUGUAGAGAUCCUCGAAAAAGCCCUAAGAGAAGAACGUCGAAAAACAGCAGUACUCGAAGGAAGAAAAGUCGAAGACAUCGACGUGGACCUUUCAAAGUUAAAGAAGCAGGAAGAGACUGGGGAUGAAAAUAGUCAAGGAUCAAGCAACGGCAAAGGCACAGGGCGUAGAACGAGCAGUGCCAGAGGCCGUGGCCGUGGACGAGGUCGAGGCAGAGGGAAGGCGUCGGCAACAGAGCUGGGAUCGGAUGGAGGUUCAGAAAUGGGUUCUCAGCAUAUCAAAGCUGAAAAGGAUACUGCAAUCAAAGACAGUGGAUCUCAGGACCCAGAGCAUGGGCACGAGGAUCCUGGGCUGCAAGCACUACAGCGGCAGAAAUUGCCACAUCCUCAGGAUGGUUAUGGAUGGGACAAUGAUGAUGCAGCGGAGGGACGUAGCGGCAAACACAAACAAAACGAACAAACAGAAGACGAACCCUUGGUCCGCAAAUCAUCGCGUAAAGCUGUGGCAGUAUCAUCUUUAGUGUCAGUAUCCUCGAAGCUGUCAAACGCUGAUCAGGAAUCUAUCAAACAUCACUUGGACGACCUUACUGCUGGAGCGCAGCACCUCAUCAGUCGAGUGUCAGAAGCUGCGAGCCACGGUUCAACAGGCCCAGCGAAAAAUGAGGGCAAAAGUUGUGUUGUUGGCCUAUCAUCGAGGGCCACAUCUUCAUCGUCAUCGUCUAGCUCCUCCUCACAAGGGCUAGUCAUCAAGCGCGAAGAGUCUGACCAGGCCAGUAGAUUGUUAAUUGGUCAACAUGCACAAGUGAAGGUAGCUGUUGAGGGUCAACCAUCCGAUCCCUAUGCUCGGAAGCGUUUAAGAGAGAUGGACGACACUAGUGCUCCUGUGCGCGGUGAUAACGAAGCCGAUAAUGGUGUCGUGGCAGUCAAGAAAAGCAGAUCAAAUAGUCCAGCCCCACCCGAUAAUCCUGGCCCCAGUAAACAAGGGCGAGGUCGAUACCCAGUUGUGUCCAUGCGCAAGGCAGGAACCAUUAGGAGAACAAGGAUUGAUAAAGAAUCGAUAGAGUACACGCAACACGCAACAUUGCGAUCGAUAAGCUCAACAGAUAGUACAGGAUCUAAUGACGAAGCACGACAACGAAAUCCAUCGAAUGGGACUACGAAGGUGCAGAAGGAAAGCAUAGUCAAAGCCUCUGCCUCUCUCAUCUCUGAAGAGGACCUGUAUAGGGAGUUGGAAUAAAUGAAUCUGUUUGGAAAAUACACACACUAGAAAGGAUAGAGUCACAGCUCUUACCACCAAAGAUACACAAACCUGGAAUAACAAUUAAAUAUGUUGAACAACCCCACCUUUUUCUUUUCUCUUUUAUUUUAUUUUAUUUUAUUUCAUGAACAUUGUGUAAAUAAAUCUAUGCUGUAAAGAAUGCUGUGGUAUCGUAAUCGUAAG